GCUCAGCCUCCCUUCUUCCCUCCCUUGCUCUCCCUGCUUCCCUCCCUCCUCCACCCGCCCCUCGGGCAGGGACUGUGCAAAUCGAGGAGAGGGGAGGACCAACAGGCUACACAGGGUCCGGCUAAGGGGCCACGACUCCUCACUGAGACCCUAUCCAAGCUAGGUGUUCCCCGCAUCGUGGAACCUGGAUUUGUGUGAAGCGGGGUGAUUCCCGGGCCAGGAAGGUCCUUCCGGCAGGUCCACCAUACCUUCGUCUCGCAUCAGGACCCCUCUUGGAUGCUCUGAGCCACCCUUCUCAACCCGGAUCUAAAACCUGGGACACGGCUAUCAGGCCAGCCUCUCUCUCCCUCCACCCCUCCCCCUCUUUCUGGCGUCCAUCCCCUCCCCAACACCACCUCUGCUGCUGCCUCUGGCUGUGGACCUGCACCUCUUCUCCAUCCUCGCCAGGCCGGGAGAGUGAGGUUAGCCUGGAUGAGAGUGUGCCCCUAACCUGGGGCCCUCCCAGGCCAUGGCUCGUGUGCUCCCAGGGAGGAGUCCAGGACCCUGAGCAUCUGCUAGAAGCUUGGCAGAGGCCCCCGCUGGGACCGUGUCUUCUGAGGACAAAAGGCUGCGGCCAGCAGGCAGACUGGGUGGGGGGUGGGGGGGGAACCGGUAGCCAGGCAGGCAGACCAGUAGGGAAGCCAGCGCUGGCCCCCUCCCAGACUGGCGGUAGCAUGAAGAUGGGGGUGGGAGUGUGUAGCGGGAGAAGCACCUGCCAGGACCCCCACCUGCCCGCUACUUGGGCACCCCAAAGCUGUGUGCUGCCCACCUGGUGUUCCCCAACAUCUCCAGCUCUACCAAGUGCACCCCUCUGGCACCUGCUUCCCCUGCUGCCAGCGAUUUAGACCAACCAGGCUGUAUCCACGGCAACAGAAGCAGGAGUGUCACUGGCUGCCAGAUCACUGAGGAUCCCACAAUGUGGCCUGGACUGUGGUGUAUCCUGGUUGAGAUCGAGUGAGCCCCCUUCCUGAAUUCCAAGACAGUCCUGCUAAGAGAACCCAGUCUCUACCCACAGGUAACAUACUUUUGCUCACUCACCCUGGAAGAUGUGUCCCAGCUAGUGGGAGGAAGCGGCUAUAGGAAUAGAGGAAGAUACCCAUAUUGUGUUGGGGACCUCCAGAUCAAUGACACAGUAGCCAGAGGUCCCUGUAUCUGGAGGUGCAGGAAAACCUGGUAUAUGGAGAACAUGGAUUCUACUAGGGACACGGCUCCUAACUACUAGCUCACAACUUUAGUGGAGGUGUAGCUCAGCAAGACAACUGAUGGAGUCCCCCGGGGCCCAUCAAAUACUGGACUGGCCGACCCCCUAGGGUUGGGGGUAGCCCUUGCCCCUCAGCAUGGCCAACACCACCGGAGAGCCUGAGGAGGUGAGCGGCGCACUGUCCCUGCCAUCCGCAUCGGCUUAUGUGAAGCUGGUGCUGCUGGGACUGAUCAUGUGUGUAAGCCUGGCAGGCAAUGCCAUCUUGUCCCUGCUGGUGCUCAAGGAGCGUGCCCUGCACAAGGCUCCUUACUACUUUCUGCUGGACCUGUGCCUAGCUGAUGGCAUACGCUCUGCCAUCUGCUUCCCCUUUGUACUGGCUUCUGUGCGCCAUGGCUCCUCAUGGACCUUCAGUGCACUCAGCUGUAAGAUUGUGGCCUUUAUGGCUGUGCUCUUUUGCUUCCAUGCGGCCUUCAUGCUGUUCUGCAUCAGCGUCACCCGCUACAUGGCCAUCGCCCACCACCGCUUCUAUGCCAAGCGCAUGACACUCUGGACAUGCGCAGCUGUCAUCUGCAUGGCCUGGACCUUGUCUGUGGCCAUGGCUUUCCCACCUGUCUUUGAUGUGGGCACCUACAAGUUUAUCCGAGAGGAAGACCAGUGCAUCUUUGAGCAUCGCUACUUCAAAGCAAAUGACACACUGGGCUUUAUGCUUAUGUUAGCUGUGCUCAUGGCAGCCACACAUGCUGUCUAUGGCAAGCUGCUACUCUUCGAGUAUCGUCACCGCAAGAUGAAGCCAGUGCAGAUGGUGCCAGCCAUCAGCCAAAACUGGACAUUCCAUGGCCCUGGGGCUACCGGCCAGGCUGCUGCCAACUGGAUCGCUGGCUUUGGCCGUGGGCCCAUGCCACCAACUCUGCUGGGUAUCCGGCAGAAUGGGCAUGCAGCUAGCCGGCGGCUACUGGGCAUGGACGAGGUCAAGGGUGAAAAGCAGCUGGGCCGAAUGUUCUACGCGAUUACACUGCUCUUCCUGCUCCUCUGGUCACCAUACAUCGUGGCCUGCUACUGGCGAGUGUUUGUGAAAGCCUGCGCUGUGCCCCACCGCUACCUGGCCACUGCUGUUUGGAUGAGCUUCGCCCAGGCUGCCGUCAACCCAAUCGUCUGCUUCCUGCUUAACAAGGACCUCAAGAAGUGCCUGAGGACUCAUGCCCCUUGCUGGGGCACAGGAGGUGCCCCAGCUCCCAGGGAACCCUACUGUGUCAUGUGAAGCAAGCCAGUAGGUGAUAGGCAGGGGGAAAGUCAUGAUCACCAUACUAGGGCCAACAGCAGGGGAAGAAUGGGACCCAUACAGAAGCCUUCCUUUUUGAGCUUCAGCCCAGGCUCGCAAACCAUCCCUAACUGAGGCAUUUGGCCAACACCUCCUUAGGGCUGGAAACUGGCUGAGGAACUGGAGGCAUUUCUAGUUUGGUGGGACUUGUCCCGCAGCCUCCUCCACUUCUCCAAUCUCAUUUUCCCCGUGCCCUCCCUGCCUCCCUACCCCUCUUCCCUCUCCUAUCUUUCUAAAGUGACGAGUCAGUAAAAGAAAACGAACUGAAAAUGCAGGGUUUUUAAUAAUAACAGCUGAGGAAACAGGCUUUCUUGCUUAAAUGUACCCCCUCUUUGACAUUGUCAAGAAAUGGGAAAUUUCUCCUGUAAAAUAGAUUUCCAGAGAUCUUACUGCCCCCUGGGCCCCCAUUCACCCUCCCCUUCUAAGUCCCUUAGCAAGACCUGGAUGUUUAGGAAAUAUGGACUUAAGGCUUCACACAAGAGGGACCAAAUGGGGUGCUGCCCUCCUGGGGAGCAAGGAUGUUUAAAUUGCUAUGUUGUGUGCAAUGUUGUUUUUGGCUAACCUUGAUCCCAAGCCUAGUCUCCUAUCCCUCCCUACCGUAUCCGGACUUUGCAGGUAUUUCUUGAGGCUCUGUUUGAGAAGCCAAGAGCAUACAGAGAAGGGUCUCCAUGAUGUGCCCAGGCUAGAUGAAGAGCUGAAUAGCAGAUGAGCUCCUCAAGCAAAAUAUACCAAACUUAGCUACGUUCUCUCAAACUUUCUCUUGGAUCCCCUAUCCUUUCUUCCUAGAAAUAUACACCCACUUGUCCCCACCAGGGAUGAUGUGGGUAUAUGCUGACAGGGGAAGUUAUCCGUGGAAGUAUAGGGAGAUGAUUGAACUCCUGAGUGGCUGGACUCCAGAGCCUGGGGUGAGAGCUAAUUCGCCCCCACAGUUGUUUCUUGGGUUCACACUACUCUUCUGAAAAUGAAAAUUCUUUGGGGGCCUUGGUAACCAAUAGUGCUACAAACUUCAAGGCCCCGUGGAAUUGAGUCCAUUCCUUCCUGUGACCUCUUUUUGUCCCUUUCAGGACUCGCAGGCCUUGAGUCCCUCCUUAGUUGCCCUUCUGGGUCCCAAAUAUCCUUCCUUGCAGUUCUUCCUACCUCCACCCUUACUUACAUGCAAAGUGGAGCAGACUACACCCGAAUUCCACAGGUGGAAGGUCCCAAGCCUCUUUUCCACAGAUAGAGACCACUCUGGGCUUACUUCAAGGUCGGUUCUAUAGACUGGUGAGCCAAGCUGGAACGCUUUGCCUAAGUUUGGGACUGUGAUCUCUCCAUCCCCUUUCUUUCCUUAUAAACUCCUGUCCUAAACUCCACCUCUACCCCAAGAUAGCCCCUGAACUGAGGAAGCCUUGACCCAAAAGCAAUGAAGGGGGUGCUCUAGACAGAAGAGAUCUUGAUGAUCCUGGUUGUGGAGUGGACCUGGCAAAGCAGACCAGAGUAGCUGAGAGGCUGGGAAUGGGGGUGGGGGGCUAUUCUCUCAGUGAUGAUGAUAGGAAUGCCUUUCUGAAGGCAGGGGUGGAAAGACCAAGGUGGGAGGGCAAAUAGGGUAGACUCAGGAGGGGUUUCCUCCAUUCCCUUUUUCUAACUGCCUGGAUUCAUCAUUGGAUUUUGUAAAUGGAAAAACUGAAAUGAACAAUGUUAUAUUGGGUGUCAUCUCUCUCUCUCUCUCUCUCUCUCUCUCUCUCUCUCUCUCUCUCUCGUGUUUGUCUCUGUCUGUGUGUCCUAUCUGUAUAUGAUCACAUGUGGGGAGGUAUGAUUGAGUGAGACAGUGUGUGUCUGUGUGACUUUGUGUGGAUAGGAAACCCUGAGGAAAGCUUGCCUGGUACACAUAUGUAAGCAAAUACCUAUAUGUGAGGGAAUAGAGUACACACACACACACACACACACACACACACACACACACACACACGGGGAGAGGAGACACACGAAGGAGGAGAGGAGACAAAACUUAGUAUGUGCCUGCAGCAGGAAAUAGAGUGCUUAGGAGAUGGAACCUGAAAUUUUUUAUGUAUGUAUGUGUCAAGAGGGUCAACUCCCAUCUCAUGAGAUUGUCUUCCCUUGGCCCAGCUUCUGAGCACCAGAUGAGGAGAGGAUAGUUUAGAACCCCUUCUCUUCCAAAUGUCUGGAGAUUCAGUGCCUACCCUAAAAUUCAAAUAAGGUAUCUCUGAAAUUGGACCACCAUGGAAACAGGAACUGGGAGUGGGGGGAAUCAAACAUGGAGGUAAUGGGGUGAAGAAAUGGCCCCCUGCAAUGUAAUGGCUUUCAGAGGAACUGCUCAGUUUGAAUUGGGAAUUCUUAAGGUUCCACUGUAUACAGCUGGGACUUUGCUCAGUUUUGACUAAAUUCAGAAGGAAGGAUGACAUGGAGAAAAACCCGAAAUCUGGGGGUCUACCCAGCUGGCCUACUCACUAAGCGCUCAAUUAAUUUACUAUUUAUUUAUUUAUUUAUUUAUUUAUUCCUUCAGGUGCACAGAAUUGAGCUAACCGUAUUCCUCAGUUCUUGGCACACUAUAUCAUCAUUGGUCCAUGCAAGGUCCUUUUAUUAUUUUGUUUUGUGCCCUUCAUCACCCAUCCCUGAUCCCAUCCUUCCCCACCCCACAUAGGCACCACUCUUCUGUACUUAAUGUGUGUCCUUCUAAACCACCGUUCAUGUGUUUAUUUACUUAUGUGUAUCUGUGGAAAAUAUAUGGUAUUGAUGUUUUGAUUUACAUAAACAGUAUUGUACUAUAAA